CUAUGGCUCCUCCUGGUGGCAAUGCUUUCAAAGAAUCCAACUCAACAGGCUUAGAUUAUGAGGUUAAGAUGUCUAAAGUAGAGGCUAAUAACAAACCAGCAAGAUAUGGAAUCCAUUCAAGCAAUGGUGUCUAUGAGCUCCUCGAUUGCCUAGUUUGUACAAAUCUUAUGUAUCCUCCAAUUUUUCAGUGCCCUAAUGGCCACACACUGUGUUCAAGCUGCAAACUGAAAGUGCACAACACAUGCCCUACAUGCCGCUACGAGCUCGGCAACAUAAGAUGUUUGGCGCUCGAGAAAGUUGCGGAAUCGUUAGAAGUUCCGUGCCGGUACCAAAGUCUAGGGUGUCACGACAUUUUCCCGUACUACAGCAAGCUCAAGCACGAGCAGCACUGCAGGUUUCGAUCUUACAACUGUCCUUACGCUGGCUCUGAGUGUUCGGUGGCCGGUGAUAUUCAAACUCUUGUUGACCAUCUCAAAGAUGAUCAUAAAGUCGAUAUGCAUGAUGGUUGCACCUUCAACCACCGUUAUGUCAAGUCAAAUUCACUCGAGGUUGAGAAUGCUACAUGGAUGCUUACGGUGUUCAACUGUUUUGGAAGACAGUUCUGCUUACACUUUGAGGCGUUUCAGCUUGGGACGGCACCAGUGUACAUGGCCUUUCUGCGUUUCAUGGGAGACGAGAAGGAGGCUAAGAAGUUUAGUUACAGUUUGGAAGUUGGAGCUCACAGCCGUAAACUGACUUGGCAAGGCAUUCCUAGAAGCAUCAGAGACAGUCACAGGAAAGUUCGGGAUAGUCAAGACGGACUCAUCAUCCCUAGAAACAUGGCUUUGUACUUUUCUGGUAGUGAUAAAGAAGAGCUUAAGCUGCGAGUUACUGGGAGGAUUUGGAAAGAAGAAUAGCUCUCUGAUGAUGAUUUUGAUUGGAGCUGAAACGGAUGAUGUACAUAGGACAUAGCAGAGUCUUGAGAGCUUCUUUCACCAUUAAUAGGUUGCAAUCUUCUGUUGUUUUGCAAUAUUACAUACUCUUGUCUUGUAAUUUUCCUGAUUUGUUGGAAAAAAAAACGAGAGAGACAGACAAGCUUUAGUUUUGGUUAUGUUCUUGUAUCAAAAGUUGAUUUUGUCUUACUUUUAUCAUACAGUAUGAUCCAUGAUAACUCUUCCUCAUCA